AUGGCUGACACAACUGCUGGGUCACAGGACUCACCGGAGGCCGAGAGUGAUUUUGAGCUUGGUGACACUUCAAAUUUUGAGCUUUCUGAGUACUUGUUGUUUGAUGAUCUCAUGGAGGAAGAUCAUUCAGCAUUCCUGGCAUCCGAGUUUGCCCAGAAUCCAAUUCACCCCGGAAAUGAAGUUGACAAACCUGGAAGCAGCAGCAGCCAACAUGAAAGACCUGCCAGCAGAAACAGUGAGAGUGGGCAGAAGAAGAAAGAAGCUAAAGAAAGGGUUGCAUUUAUUACAAAAUCUGAGAUUGAAAUCCUGGAUGAUGGGUUCAAAUGGAGGAAGUACGGAAAGAAGAUGGUGAAGAACAGCCCAAAUCCAAGGAACUAUUACAGGUGUUCAGUUGAUGGAUGCAAUGUGAAGAAGAGAGUUGAAAGAGAUAGGGAGGAUCCCAAGUAUGUGAUAACAACAUAUGAGGGCAUCCAUAACCACGAAAGCCCUUCUAAGUUCUGAAAUUUUUCUUGGGUAGCAAGUUCUUUGAGUACCCUCAAUGUGGCACAAUUACACUCAAGAUAUCAUCCAGUCAGCCUUCAGUUAUCAUUUUCGGCAGGGUUCCACCACAACCCUCUUUUUUUCAUGUUAAACCCUAAUAGGUAGCAGUCUGCAAUAGGAUCCAGCUUUGACCAUGAUGUUCACAUGUAUUGACAAGAAGAACAAAAUAUUGAAGAGUCUGUGAAUAUCAGAUCAUAGUGUUUAUAUGCAACUUUAUUGCCUAAGAAAAA